GCAGGGCCUCCUCCGGCACAACAAACACAAGCAGGAACAGCUGGGCGCCGCGACGCCCAGCCGUCACGCCCUGCCCGCCGCCCGCGGUCCGGGAGCGGGCCGGGCAGGAGGGGCGAAUUUCGCCCCGCGGCGAGAACAGCAAGCGCCGACCCCUGCCGUGGGCAAUGCCGCUCCGGCCCAGCGGGACGCGCCGCGGAGUCCCCACGGCCCAAACAACUCAGCGUCCAAGUUGGGACUUCACGUCGGGCGGGUGGACGCCGAGCCCCGGGGGAGGGACGCGGACCCCAGCGCGCGGAGCCCGGGCGCGCCCCCGACUGCGCGGCGGGCACGGCGGCACAUCAGCAGGGAGCUGGAUCAGAAGUGGAGCAGCCAGGGACCUAUCAUCCCGAGCCCAUGUGGGACACAGGUGCUGCAGGCGGUGGCUUUGAUAAGGCAGAGGUUCUGGAGCAAAUCCUCACCAGCCCCGAGUUCACCAGGAUCCCAUUCCCUCCAGACACAGCUGCUGUGACCGUCAAAAACAAAAGAACCAGCUUAGCUGUCCUCUGCAGGAUCCAGCAACUGUCAAAGGAAAGAAAGGAAAUCCAGCAUGCGCUCAGCAGGGAAAGGACAGGUGCCACCUUAUUUUCAUGGUUCGAAAAGUUCCUGGGAAAAUGGAAUCAAAGGUUAUGUAUAUUUUCCGUAAACUUGUUAAAGCCCCUUUUUGUAGCUGAUGCAUCAGGCAUCACUGCAUUUCAGCCAGUUUGCGUUUUUACUGAGCACCCACUGCCGCUCCCUGUGGGAGAAGCUACUAUCCAGCACGUUGCAGAUGAGAAAACUGAGGCACAGAAAUGAGAAAUAACUUGCUGUAAGCCUACAAGGCACUGAGACGUAUCAGCACAAGCUUUCGUGGGCUCUUCCCACCAUCCUGCAUCACCGCACCCUGUUCCCAAGGGCCCUGGCCAGCCUGCCAGAGCCACCGUAAAAUGUGACUGUCACAGGCAAUGUCCCCUCUUAAAAAGAAUUUGGAAGAACAUUUUCUAAAUCUACACUUUGGUUAGCUUUAGGCUAUCUGUGUUAUAGGUAAUUUGGUUUUCUCCUGUCCUUGCAGCGUUGUCUUAAAAUGAUAUAAGAACAUUUAGUAUAUCUGCAAAUAGGAAAUGAGCCUUUUUAAAAAGGAAAGUAAACAGGCAAAAAUAAAAUGUUCAGAACUGAAGGCGGCUGUCAGUGGGCACAGUGUGAGAGGAAAGCGAGAGUCUGCGCACAGACGCGGGGCAUAUUUUCAUAUUCUCUGCCCUCCUUUGAAGCAAGGGCUCACUUCAUACACUGAAGAUGGCUGAAGACUCGAUGCUGUCAGUUUUAUUUUCCUAAGUCAAAGCUUAUUUUAAAUCAGCUGUAGGGAAGUUCUUAUAUAUGUAAAUAUUGUAGUGAUUCCUUCUGUAAACUUACAGUCAGACAUUCAUUUGUACUUUGCAGUUUACAAAGCACGUAACAUGUAAGGGUACUUCCAAAAGUUUGCGGAAACUGCGAUUAAAAGAUAACUUAUUUUGCUGUAAACAUUUUGAAAUCCAUGCAUCACUUUUUAAUAGUAUGUGUUUUCCAUGAACUUUUUGGAGAUCCCUUGUAUGCAUGAAUUUCAAGGUUUCUUUUUUUGUACCAAAAUAAACAUGUUUUAAUUCCA